CGCGCAUUAUUACUCCUCCCACAGACAGCAAUGCUGUAGUACGACUCAAACCGGGUGGCCACGAAGCCAGAACAGGUUUUUCCUCCAUGUCCUACUUAGCGUCGCAACACGCAAGAAAAUAACCCUCACACAGCCACACUGGAUUGUCUAACGACGGAUACUUUGGAGCAUAACAACAUACGAGAGGGAACUGUUUGUUAACCACAAACCCCGAGAGCACCAUAAAGGAUGAAUUCAAUACGACAGGUGCCUUCGCGGGUUAAAAGCAAAAGGACGGAAACGAUUUUAGGAGGCGAGAGAGAUCAUUUCGAAAAACAGCAGCUCAGCAGUAUCAGUAAAGCCAUCAAUUCCACAGAGACGCCGCUGAAGGAGAAACAUGCACGCAGAAUUAUUUUGGGAACCCACAGAGAGAAGGGGGCCUAUACCUUCUGGUCAUAUGCUGUUGGUCUGCCGUUGCCAACCAGCGCCAUCCUUAGCUGGAAGUUCUCCCAUGUAUUACACAAAAUCUUGCGUGAUGGUCACCGAAAUAGCUUACAAGACUGCAUGAGACACUACAGCAACAUUGCUGAGACAGGGUUAAUGUGGAGUAACACGCGAGACAGACAUGGGUAUGCACAGCUGGUUUCUCUACAUUCCAAACUCCUCUGCACCAAGAUUGAGUUCCACACAAAGCAUUCUGAAAUCCCAGCCAGUCUAGAGGUCUCAGAUGAACUCCUGGAGCGGACAGCGGGAACAGACAUCAAUAAUGUGUUCCAGCUCACAGUAGAGGUGUUUGAUUACAUGGACGCAGAGCUUCGAUUAGCAGAAGCUGUGCUCCGCCAGCUCAACGUGUCCAUUGCUAUCUCCACACUGACGUCAAGCCAGUGUAAACUAGCACCGCUCAUCCAAGUCAUCCAGGACUGCAGUCACCUGUACCACUACACCGUCAAACUGCUCUUCAAACUGCACGCCUGUUUACCAGCUGACACACUCCAGGGACACCGCGAACGCUUCCAUGAACAGUUCCAGAGCCUCCAAACAUUCCUCAAUAAAGCACGAGAUAUGCUAUACUUCAAAAGGCUCAUCCAAAUACCUAGACUGCCUGAUUCUCCACCCAACUUUCUCCGGGCCUCUGCUCUGGCUGAGCAUGUUAAACCAAUGGUUGUCAUCCCAGAUGAAGAGGAGCUUGAGGAGCCUGAAGAGGAUGAACCCGAGCCUCUGAUAGAUGUUAGCGAAGCACACCCUAUCAUGGCAUCUCAGCCAACGAGUGAUAUAUUUGACCAGGCCUUUGGACCGCCUAAUAAUGGAUUUGAUGAUAGAGACCUCCAAAUCGAACACCUGAAACGAGAAAUUGAAUUGCUGCAAGCUGAGCUUGAGAAGAUCAAAGGAGAGGCUCAACGCUAUAUCACACAGCUCAAGUCGCAGAUCAACAUUCUCGAGGCAGAACUGGAGGAGCAGCGCGUGCAGAAGCAGCGCACCCUGGUGGAGAAUGAGCAGCUACGCAUGGAGCUAGAGACCAUCCGCCACCGCAACAUUGAACAUGAGAGCAUACAGAGCAACUUUUUUGAGGCAGAAAAAAAAUCCCAAGCAACAGAGUUGCGUUAUAAUAAACUGAAGGAAAAGCAUGCUGAACUGGUUGCCAACCAUGCUGAACUCCUACGAAAGAGUGCGGACACAGUAAAGAUGCUGUCAGCCACACAGCAGACUCAAGAGGAAAUUGAACGAACUAAGCAACAGUUAUCCUUUGAGGUAGAUAGAGUCAGACAAGAAUCAGACAUGAAGUUUGAAGAACAAAAGUUUGAUAUGGAUAAGCUGAGAAGGGAGCUUGAUGCGAAGAAUGCAGAGAUCCAAAGAGUCAAGAGUUCAUUGCAGACCUCUGAGAAGUCAGGAGAACAGAUCAACAGCUCCAUGGCUGCACUUCUGGCGGAAAAGGAUAGGCUAACACAGUCUGUGAGCAAGAAAGAUGCCGAGCUGUCCUCCCUGAAGAAGGAAGCUCAGCUGAAAGAGUGUUCUCUACAGCAGGAGCGAGACAGGACCAUCAAGGAGCUGGGAGAACUACAAGGCAAACUCAAAGAGAAGUCGAGUCAUGAGGAGCAGCUGCAGCAGAAGUUGUUGGAAGAGCAGUUUAAACUUCUGCAGGCGACAGUCACUGAGGCCGAGAACAUCAUUCAGGACGCCGUCGCUACACUGGACGACCCCCUGCACAUCAGCUGUUCCAGCUCCCCAGAUUACCUCAUUACCCGAGCAGAGGCCACGCUGGGCUCCAUUGACAAGGUGCAGACGGGCCACUCCGAGUAUGUGAAGAGUAUGAGGGAUGCUGGGGGUCUGGUUAGGGCUCUUACUAAGUUUUCUCAUCUUGCUGCUGACACAAUAACCAAUGGCAGUGCAACGGCACACAUGGCCCCUACUGACGACGCUGACCGUUUGACAGAGCACUGUAAGAGUUGUGCCACCCAGAGCCUGCAGUAUCUUAGGAAUCUCAAGUCAAAAUCAACUGUGAAGGGGGCUGAUCCCACCUCGAUUCAAGCUGCGGUGCAGAGGAUUCUUAGAAUAGCACAGGAUCUGAGGCCAAAAGGAAUGGAUGUUGGAAAGGACGAGCUGGGCGACAUGGUGGAUAAAGAAAUGGCUGCUACCUCUGCUGCUAUUGAGGAGGCUGUUAGGAGAAUAGAUGAAAUGAUGAGUCAGACCAGGAAGGACGCAACAGGAGUCCAACUGGAGGUCAAUGAAAGGAUCCUAAAUAGCUGCACUGGCCUUAUGAAGGCAAUUCGUCUUCUGGUGUUGGCAUCCACAGACCUGCAAAAGGAGAUUGUGGAGAGUGGAAAGGGCGCAGCUUCGGUGAAAGAGUUUUAUGCUCGUAACUCUCGCUGGAUGGAGGGUCUUAUUUCUGCCUCCAAAGCUGUGGGAUGGGGCGCAACACAGAUGGUUGAUUCUGCUGAUAAAGUGGUGUUGCACACUGGGAAGUAUGAGGAGUUGAUCGUCUGCUCUCACGAGAUCGCUGCUAGCACUGCACAGCUUGUUGCCGCCUCCAAGGUGAAAGCUGACCGUGGCAGUAAGAGGCUGGGUGUUCUCCAGCAGGCCUCGCGUCAUGUGAAUGAGAUGGCUGCUGGAGUGGUGGCGUCCACCAAGACCGGGCUGGACCAGAUCGAGGAUAAGGACACCAUGGACUUCUCUGGCAUGUCUCUAAUUAAGCUCAAAAAAGAAGAAAUGGAGGCACAGGUGAAGGUUCUAGAGCUUGAGACCAUGUUGGAAAAUGAGCGCCUGCGUUUGGGUGAGCUAAGGAAGAAGCACUAUGUGAUAGCUGGCGUCCCUCUAGAGGAUCUGGCUCUGGACAACGGCCUGGUCGCCUCUCCAAACGUGACCGCUGGCCCGUCAUCCCCCAAACCCUCAAAACCCACUGUAAUGAAGAAACCAGUUCUUGCACAAAAACCCAACAUCCCACCCAAAAGCACGUUGAGGUGAGCACAUCUGGAGGAAGAUAUUUGAAGACUCAAAUUGACACGCACCCAAAACCUUUAUUAGUUUCUCUUUCUUUUCCCCAUGUCUGGUCAUUCAAACGGUUUACCAUUUACAUGUGACACCUUUGCCUUCUUUCCAUUUGAGAGUGCCUUAGAGGCUACGGAUUAUUUUUAUCUUAGAUAUGGAUCUAUAUUGUACUGGGUGUUUAUCAUUUGCAUACAGUUUCAAACCAUUUAGUUUUUAAAUUAUAGACAUUGUUUUAUUUACAAUACACAUAGUAUGCAAUAGGGCAAGUAGUGGCUUAAAGGGAUAGUUUACCCGAAACAAUGCUAAUUCCAACAUGGGCUCAUUGGAGAAACGUGCCU